GCUCUGUCUUUAAAAAGCCAGGAAUUAAGUGAACAAGAAUUGAGAAACAACUUUAAUUCCCUCUGGAUGACCUGGGUUACUGAAGUGGCUUCUAACGCUCCCCCUCUGGAAGAGGUGGACAUCGAUGUGGAAAUAGAAAAUGUCCUUCUCAAACACUUUAAGAAGCGUUCAAAUGUAGCUGAUCGAAACUUGAAAUUUUCCAAGCAGACCACCUUUUCACUUGAUGAGAAGAAACACAUAUCCCAGAAAAAGGUUUGGGGCUUUGUUUCGUUAAGGUUUGGUGAGUCUGAUUUGAGCAGCUUACAGCACAUUACAGAACACAUCAUAAGGCGUGUGAAGGAAAACAUUGACCAGAAGGUAAAGGACAAAAUGGAUUACAGUCACACUUUUAUUCAUGAAAUACUAAAUGAAGUACAGGAAGGUAUGAAAACUGUCCCUAGCUCGGAAAAAUGUCAUUUUACAAAAGAUUACGAGAUAGAUCUUUCAGUGUAUCUGUGCAGAAUGGCAGCAGCCAGGUUUAAAGACAUGCACACAGCCUUUAGGAAAGCAAAUGACCCAGUAAUCUACCUACAAAGCAAGAGAGAAGAUUUCUUCACAUGCUUCCAGAUUUCUUGCCAAGGUGCCACUUCUAUC